AUGUACAGGUGGCAUUCACAAGAGAAUGAGAACAUAUUUGAUGCAUUCAAGUGUGUCCUCAAGGAUAGAUACAGAGAUAGGAUGAAAGGUAUCAGGAAACAAUCUGCCGACAUGGCACGAAAUGAUGGGAAACCCCUCCCCCCAAAGUUUUGUAGCUACUAUGAUGGGAUGCAUAACUACCGCCCAGAACGCGUACCGGAGACUGUGUGGCAACGUUUAUGUGAUCAUUGGUUCACAGAGAAGUGGCAAAAGAAUUCAAAAAUCGCUCAGCAGAACCGCAACACCGCAGAUUCUAGUGGGUCAACAGCAAGACACACUGCGGGUAGUAUAGGAUUUGACCAGCACCGUAGGAAAUUAGAAAAAUUGAUGGGUAAACCACCCUCACAAUAUGAUGUUUUCGUGCAGACGCAUGGCACCGCCGAGUCAAAGAAAAAAUAUUUUGAGGGAAAUCAUAAAAAUAUUGAAUAUUGCUCGCAGACGGCCAAAGAAGCACUAGAGGGGUAUCUGCAUGGGUUGGUCAACAAAUUUGGUGAAGAUCCUUCAAAUCGUAAGGAUGAUGUAGAUGUAUGGGAGGAAAGCCAACUUAGAAGAAAAGGAAAGAAGAAGGGUGCUAUUUAUGGGAUAGGAGCAUCAGAUAUACAUUUUUUGGUUUUAGGGACUCCAUCUUCCCAAUCCACCCAGUCCACCCAGUCGGAUAGCACACAACAAGAGGUUGAUAGGUUGCGUGCACAAGUUUCUGUCAUGGAACAACAACAACAACAACAAAUGAAAGAACAAAUGGAGAUGGUUAUGAGGAUGAUAAAUAUGUCUGGAAAUCAACCCCAUGGUCCCCCCGAUAAUACACCCGAGGACAAUUGA